AUUUAUUUUGUUUAUGGCUUGCUUUAUUACCAAAAGUACUUUUAUUAUGACUUAUUUUUUUUAUAUUUGCACUAUUUUUUAAUAAAAGGAUAAGUGGUCAAACGCUACAAACAAAAAAUUAAAACGACAUCUAAUUUGUGAUGGAGACAGUAUGAUUUUGUAGGCAAAGAUGGUGUUAUACCAUCUCCUAUUAAUUUUGUAGGCGAGGAGGGUCGUUAUGCGGAAGAUAUUAGGAAGCAGAACGAGAAUGGAGAGACGAUUUUGCACGAGGCGGUUCGCCGUGCUGACAAGGACAUGGUUGAAUGGCUCAUGCUCGUGGAUUCAAAACUGGCUCUUGUUCCGAUGGAAGGCACUUCCCCGUUGUAUCUGGCCGUCUCUCUAGGAUAUCACGACAUUGCAACGAUGAUACACACACAAAGUAAUGGUUUUGUAUCCUACUCCGGACCAAACGGACAAAAUGUUCUGCACGCCUCUGUUCUAAGAAGCGAAGGGUUCACAAAAGAUUUACUGGGAUGGGAGUGCAAAGAGAUCAUCCCGCCAGUCCAUUCCGAGCAAAGUGUGCAACAGACGCCUAAUAAGUUUUCUGUCCUUGCCGAGCGAGGUGAUAAAGAUGGAAGUACACCUCUUCAUUUUGCUGUCUCAGUGGAAGACCGUUCAUUUAUCAACAUAUGUUGGUUCCCCUUUUACCGGACGAUCAACGUCCCAAUAUGUGAUCUGUUGGAGGUUAAACAAUCUGUGGCGUUUCAACCUGAUAUAACUGGAUCUUUCCCCAUACACAUUGCUGCUUCGAUGGGUGUCCUGAAUGCCAUCUCCAUUCUACUCGAGAAAUGCCACGAUUGCGGUGGUUUGCCCGACGCUAAGGGAAGGACCUUCCUCCAUGUUGCUGUGGAGAAGAAGAGGUGCAACGUAGUCAAGUUUGCUUGCAGAAACACAAAGUUGUCAUGGAUGCUGAAUAUGCAAGACAGCGAUGGGAACACUGCUCUUCACCUAGCCAUCCAAGCAGGCGAUCUUGGGAUUUUCGGCUGGCUGAUGGGGAACCAGCAAGUUUGCUUGAAUUUAGCCAACAAAAAUGGGCUUACUCCUCUAGAUCUCGCGGAGAGUAAGAUUCCUCCGCAGUUCAGUUAUAAAUGGACUGCACGGAACUUGAUGUACGAAACACUGAAAUGUGCCAAGGCCGAACACGGUAACAUUCGCCGGGACCGCUUUGAAAAGGACUACACUUUUCAAGCAGAUGUUGAGAAUGAAUCCGAGAGGAUGACAAAGCUAGCGCAGGCUGCCAUCGUCGGGUCGGUGCUCAUCGCCACGGUCACGUUUGCUGCGGCCUUCACGCUACCUGGAGGCUACCGUCAGGACGACAGUGGCACACCGACACUCGCCGGGAGCUACACCUUCCACGCGUUCGUCAUCGCCAUGGCGUUCGCCUACGUCUACUCCUCGCUCGCAACAUUUGGGCUCAUCUACUCGGCGAUGCCAUUCAUGGACAUGAGCGUCCGUCGCAUGUACUUCCGAGGCUCUCUGCAAUUGAUCGCAUGCUCGUUGAGAACCUUGGCGGUUUCGUUUGCGUUGGCCGUCUAUACGGUGGUUGCUCCGGUCGAUCGCUGGACUGCUCUCGUUGUGUGCCUGACUGCUUCUGUCGUGAUGGGCUUCGGGCAUGCUAACGUUCUGCAAACCCUUGCUCUUGCAUGGAAGUUGCUCGCAAGAAUGGGGUAUCGGUUGUCGGCGAUGUUACUGGCAAGGAUAAUUAUGCAGUUGGCGUUGGCAUAUUGGUCAUAUAUACCCAUUUUUGGUUUGCCGGCGUAUCUAAAGUCACGCAGCAUCGGUGAGCAUCAGCCAUGAAGGUAAUAAGUAAGCAAAAUAUAUAUACCUGCAGGUUUGAGUUGUGUGCUAAUGGAUGAUUAUCAAGGAAGGGUGCUUGGCAUGAAGGUGAUAUAUAUAUGUAUGAUACGUAGUACGUUAUCAUGCCGACCUGACAAUGGACAA